GCUUCGUGAAUCCACAUUACCAUUUCGCAAAUAGAAACACCAUUAAGGAUAGCUACUACCCCCACGAAAACCCCACCGAUCACGACGAGUUUAACCCUUCCAAAGUCAAAGUUUAUAGGGAGUUCACGUCAGGACUUCUCUAGUGUGGCAUCGUAGUCAUGAAUCGAACAGGAGCCGUGCCACAAACCCUUCGAGGGAUACCGACUGGAUUCGGAGGCCAGCAACAACCCCAACAACCAGGUAGAACAGUGUCUAAUAGGAUACCGAACGGAAAAUUAGCGAAUAACGGAGCCGGAUGGGCGUUUGGUGGUGUUCCUAUGGGGGGUGCAGGUCUACAAACGUCGUCGAGGCAACUAGGAGGGAACCUCAGUUUUGCUCAAAGUUUAAGCGGUUCGCAACCGGCAACGCCUCUCGAUCUCUCCGAAUUUCCGUCACUCUCCAACAAUUCUCAAUUACAAAGCGCAGGUGCUAGCUCUUUAUGGUCAACAGGAGCAUCAAGAGGUAUGAGCGGUACAAUACAGAGGAACCAGCAACCCACUCCACUCUCCUCUCAACACGCACAGCAGGACGAUUUCUUUUCGCCUUCAAGGAUGAGCUCUAGCCAAAGUCAAUAUCGAUUCGGGAACCAGAAUAGCGUGGCUCAAUCAUCACAACCUCAACCUAACAGUAUCGACGAGUUUCCACCUCUGAAUAAUAACAGCAUCAGAAACAGCAACGGAGAUAUUGGUCAAGAACGCGGGUCAAAUCUAAUGUCGACCCUUGGAUUUGGCGCUCAAGGUAGCGCCGCUCCUGGUUCCCUCCAGGGUCCUAGAUCAGGAAAUGGCUUGCUUAAUGCGCUAUCUGCUAACAACCGAACAACCGAUGUUCGUUCGCCAGAUGGAUCCACUGCCACAGGCUCUUCGCGACCGCAAGACAUUAGAGGUACUGGAACCGGCGGUAACGACGAGGCUCGCCAAAAGCCCCCUGGAUUCCAGGACAACUUGGUUUCUCAGUCAUCUACACAAGAUCCGGCAGCCCUGAAUCCGCUUGGUGCUAUUGGUGCUAUCGGCAGUAACGACGCAUCCUCGAACAAGAACGGCGACCAGAAGGAUGAUCAAUCCCCAUCGGUACAUGACCCUUUAGCAGGCAUGGCACCUAUUGAUAAGUGGGGGAUCAAGGGUCUUCGCACCCUUAUGAACAACUAUCCCGACUACAAUGCAGCUGUUACUGGCUUGGAUCCGACAACACUAGGCGUAGAUUUUACGUCGCCUCAGCUGCUAUCGACGCAAAUAUACUCACUCUUCAAUGAUUCCAUUCCCCGACCAGCAGUUCCCGACUUUCGGUUGCCAGAGUGCUAUAACGUGAAUAACGUACAGCCUCUGGAAAACAAGAUCAGCAACUUCAACGAGGAAACUUUGAUGUGGAUCUUUUACAGUUGUCCUGGAGAUGUCAAGCAGCAUCUUGCUGCUCAUGAACUCUACAACCGCGCCUGGCGAUGGCACAAGAAGCUGAAGAUUUGGCUGACUAAAGACGAACUAAUGCAGCCCCGAAUCCUCAGCACCCAGCAUGAAGAGGGCUACUACAUCAUCUGGAGCACAACAGACUGGCGAAAAGAGCGUCGUACUCUCACACUGCAUUAUGCAGAUUUAGAGGCCAGCAAUGCUGCUUUGCCGUGAAGGGAAGAUUCCCGAGGGAAGAUGGUUGUCUGUGAUAUUGAGCAGUAUGCAAGGCGCAACGAGCCUACAAACAGGGUGGCGUUGGUUUUCACGGAAUGCACAACCUAGGGGGCACGGUUGAUUGCGGGCAACAUAUGGCUUUCAUGCUUGGUAGUCACGGGCGUAGCAAAUGCCCGAGUCGGCAGACAGGCUUUGAUUCAUUAAUAUAGGAUUUUCAAAUCCAUUGCACUGAUCUUCUCCAAGUGAAUAAUGAUUUGUGAAAAUGUAGUUAUAGUA